AUGGCAAGCCGACAAAUCACACGGCGCAUUAUCACCAGCGCAUCGAUCGCACUAUGCCUCAUAUUCUUCCUCUUUAUUCGACCACAGGGGCCACCGAGCCCCGCCGUUCGCGCUCCCGGCCAUAUCGACCACUCGGCACCGGCAUCCGCGCCGGGGAUAACCAUCCAAGAUAGCACGUUGAAGGGCGACGUGGUGAUGCCGAAACUAGGCAACGAGACGGUCAAGGCUGAAUUAGGUCGUGCGACUUGGAAGUACUUCCAUACCGUCAUGGCGCGGUUCCCCGAGACACCCACAGAAGAUCAGAAGGAGGCGCUGCGCUCUUAUAUCUACCUAUUCGCUCGGUUAUAUCCUUGUGGAGAAUGUGCUGAGCAUUUUAUGCAACAUUUGAGCAAGUAUCCGCCUCAGGUUUCGUCGCGAAAUGCGGCUUCUGGCUGGGCUUGUUUCGUUCAUAAUGAGGUUAAUGCCAUGCUUGGUAAGCCUGAGUUUGACUGCACCAAUCUAGGGGAAUUCUAUGAUUGCGGCUGUAGUGGGGAUGAGGAGGAGGGUAAGGGCAAGGAGGGGACGGCUUCUUCUCGGUCUGAUGCUGGCAAGGUGGUGGCUACGGGGCAACAUGAUGGCCCUGCUGUGGAGAUAUCGAAGGAAGAGACGACCCGCGGUUGA